AUGCCAUGCGAUAAAUGCGAGAAGAAGCUAAAAAAGCUACCGACCCCAGACGUAAAGAAUAGCUCAAGCAGGUCUUAUGGAGGGAAUAAAUUAUUAGAAUACAGAAAAAGCAAGCAAAAUUUUAAUCCGAAUAGAAGCAAGUGCAAAAAAUGCAACAGUCAACUCCAUUUUGACGGAAAAUAUUGCUCUACAUGUGCUUACAAAUUAGGCAAAUGUCAUUUGUGUGGAAAAACCAUAUCAGAUAACUCGGCCCACAACAUGUCCAUCAUUUAA